AGGGAGAGAACAAGCCUGCAUACAGCACCACACCCACCUUCAGUCUCGACCACUCUGCUCAGAGAGGAAGGAAAAGGACCUGCUUUCGUUCUGAACCAUUCACUUGGACUUAGUAUCACAGACAAGCCUUUCUAUUCUUCUGACCAAAGCAACUGUAGAAGUAACGGAAGACGACAACUGUCUACUGGAUAGAUACUGAGAAGUCAAAUCAGAAACAAACCACAAUAACAGAAAGACGGGAAAGUAGCCGUCCCAUUUUAGAUAGUGGUGUUUUUUUCAGUCAGGCUGGCCAAAGACACUGACAUGGCAGAAGAGACAAAUCACACCUCGGAGGCCCAGGAGACACAGACCAACGGAGAACAACACAGCCCAAAAGAUUCCCCUAUCCUGGGGAACAUGGUACGCACCGAGCUGGAAUGGGACGUGCCCAUGAGUGUCCCUUUGCCCAUCGAGGUCAUCAGUGCUGACCAGCCUUUCCCGUUCCUGGACACGACCCUGGCAGAUCUGGGCAUCGAAGAAUCCGCAGUGAAGGAGCGGGUGGUGUGGGUGGACACCAAGCGGACGCAGGUGAAGAGCAAGUCAGGCAAACUGAAGGAGAAGGAAAUCACCAUCUUGGAGGUACGGGUCAAGGCUCAGAUCCCCGGAGACAAGAAGACCCAGGAGGUACUCUACAGCACCGAGUCCCACACAGACCGCUCCUUCUGUCGGACCGGAGUGGACAUCCUGCCCUGGAAGAGUCGCACACAGACAGAGGAGAACGGCUUCCAGCCAGUAGAGAUGACCGUGGCCUUGGACAUCGAGUCACAGCCCAAACAGGAGAUUCGUGAGGUGUGAGGGAACUCUCAGGAUCAUCGCCAGAAGAAGCUAUAACUUAAUGAUCAGUGCAAUUAAACAUGGAUCAGCCACUAGGGCUUUGAAUCGUAUAAACAUUUAAGCAAAAAAAAAAAAAAAAAAAGACAAAAGCAAAGUUGACCUGUAAAGCUAUCUAUGAAAUGUGGCAAAAGGUCGCAAAGUUCAAGGGGGCCGAAUACUUUCGCAAGGCACUGUAGAAACAGAAAACAUAGACUGCCCACACAACUCACGCCCUGACCACACUAAA